GGAGGUCGAGUGUUUUGUAGGGUACAGAAACAAAUGAUACAUACAUUCGCUAUAUGUGAUACAUCAGAAAGCAACUAAUUAAACAAUAAAAGACAUUGAUUACAAAAGAGAAUUGAACAAUAGAAAACAUUGAUUACAGAAAACAUUCCACAAGUGGCAAAUUUAUGGCUUUCUCAGCUGGGUUUGUAUCUUUCUAAAAAUUAGCAAGUGUAUUCAAGGGCUUUCAGAAUAACUCCCUAUUGUUUAGUUGCUGAAAAAGCUACUUUUUGCACAUAAAAGAAAGAAGUGGCUUUGGCUAACAGGAAAACAUGGUUUCCUGAACUUAAAAAGGAGGCAUGGAUGUCAUGCUAAAAUGCUAAUAUCACCUUUUUUAAAAAAGCUAAUAACGAAGCUUACAAUUCCAGGCAACAGUAUGACUAUGGUUAGAUGAGAAUUAAGCCAAAAAGCUUGGCUAACAAUGCACUGCCACUGUUUCAUCAAGGUUUGAAGGUUACCAUAUCAGAUGGUCCCAAAAUUGCCGUUAUCUGGAUUUUCAUAAAUCAGAUGUUGCAACUUUCACAGCCUGUACGUUAUAAAGUCUGGUUUGCACAAGCCCCAAAUAGUGUCUCUUUCAUGUCCAAAUGCAGGGUGCAUUUAGGCUAAAAUACCCUCACAUUGUCUUUGACCAAAUGCUUUGGUUUGUCUGUUUAUUUGUCUAAUUUAUAUAACUGCCCAUCUCACAAAGCCAGUGAGUUGGCUUAUUGUGCUGAAAGCCAUGGCUUAGUGUGAGGUGCAAAUCUUCCCAAUUUUAUAUUCAGAGAUGAAUGACCAACCAAAGGAGUACCUGUCUACAAGUUUUAGGAGGGACUGGCAGAGUAUUACCUUUAACUAUUUCCAUGUUUGCUCCAGUUACAUUUUUCUAUAAGCAAUCAAACUUCCAGACAAUUAGGUAUUUUUCCCUUUCAGGUGAGAUGUCUGAAAAGUUAAGUAGGUGCCGUAAGGAGCUAGCAGCAGCUAUUGACCGAGCAAUGGAAGAUCUCUCCAUUCCUUUCCUUUCUUCCCAAGAUUCCAGCAACAACCAGGACUCUGAUCUGCCAAUAGUGCAGCUUUCUACACCCCCUAACGCAAAUAUCUUUAAUCCUAAGGGAGAGGUAAUAUCUUCUACUGUGUAUUGCCCCCAGCCAUCUUCAGCGGUCUCUUCUCCUCCUGAAAAAGAGAAUCCCCUCCUCAGGCCAAAUCUCUUUCCAGUGACUGUAACCUCCACUAUUCCAUGUACCAAACGGGAACCGCUGAUGAGCAAGGAAAAUACAUGGCUGCACCCACCAAUCUUUAUGGCUGACAAGCAGUAUUUUAUCAGCCUAGACGACAGCGAGAGGUGGAAGAAAGGACAUGCAAGCAAAACUGAUGAAAGAUCCAUGAAGUCAGAAACAAGCAUAAUUUCCUGCGAUGUUCCUCCAGAGAAUCCAAAGGAUCAUGAAGAUGUGUCUGCUGGCAUCUGCAGAUUUAUCAAUUUAUAUUGUUUUAAUAUGGAUGUCGACAAUUACAAGAAUGAAUGCAAGGCGAGUAAUUUCAAGAAAAAGCCAUGCUCUGAAAAGAACUGGAGCAAAUCUCUAGACUCCUAUGUACUUUUUCUUUCUGUAGAUGACUCCUCAACUGUCCAUGUGGGUGAGAGGAACAGUUUCAGAAAAGUCCUAGAACACAGCCCAGAAGAUGAAGCUAUUAUUGAAACCUUGCUGGAUAUGGAAGAGGAAUACAGAUUAAACAGCUCCACCUUGCACCAGCUGCACUAGGCGGGUGGUGUAAAGUGUGAACUAUUUUUCAGAUUUGGUAGUAGAAUUUUUAAACCAUGGAAAAUUUGGCAAGCAAUCCUAACUGUUGCAGGAUGUGCUAUUAAAGUAAGUGAUUUACAAUAUUGCGUGGAAUUCCCUUUUUCUUCUCAGUAGGAUAAUGAACAGUAGCUAAAUCAGUAGCUGUUUAUUCUUUGCCCUUCAAGGUACAAGGUUUCCAUUACAAAGAAGAUAAGCCAGCCUGUGACAUAAUUACUUUGUCAUGGUUGCUUCCAAGUAUUUGCCAAGCAGCAAACAUUUAUGUCUUUAGAGUCAGAAAAAAUAAGACCUGAAUCAUGGGAUGAAUUUCACAGAAGGAAACACAAUAUAGAUAACCACUAGUAACAGUUAAAAUUGACUGUGGUGGAAUGAAAUCUAUUUAUUUCUUGUAUCUGAAGAUUCAUAAACGGUAGGGCCUUGUGCAUCUAGAACUGAUGAUUUACUCCAUGAUUUGGAGUAAAUACUGUUUACCAAUACUGUUAUUGGCCAUGGAAAAAACAGUAGGCAGCAGGGUGCUCUUUAUCAGGAGAGGAUGGUUGGCAAAAUACUUAUGUACUUAGGCAUGAUCUAUUUUGUCUUUAUCAAAAUUAGGCCAUGCAUAAGUGCAUAAAUAUUGUCACCGAUUAAAAUAAGGAACCAUGGUCCAGUUUUGUAAGGAACAUAUACAAAUAUUUGCAUAAUAUAACUGGAAACAUUGUUAUAUUAAAAUAUGUCUACAAGUCUCUAGUAAACAAACAAAUGUCCUAGAGCUACACGUAAUUCUAGGGUUAUCCGCAUCCAUAAUGGGAAAAUGGCCCUCCUCUACCUAAUUUUGUAUGGGAUGACAUAGAGAAUGCUGUAUGUGAUGUAUUACCUAUAGCUCUGCUUCUAGUUCUGUGCAUCAUUGGCAACUGUUGCCACUGUCUCCUUGUGAUGUAUCACCCUUCAUACAUGGCAAAGGCCUCCAUUUUUCAUCUGUAUUAAAACCAAACUGGCUUCUAUUUAUAAAACUUACUAAUAUGAGAAGGUGAUGCAAUAAUACUGUAGUUAAGGGGAAAAUGGAAAUUUAAUAUCAGAUAAUUAUCUGUACCUCAGAUGAUUUAUAGAUAUAUUUACUAUAUCUCAAUAAAUAUUCAAGCUUAGAAUGCCACUUUUUUCCAGCUGUCCCUUAAAUCAUUUGAUAUGAGCACACUACCUAGCAUAGUAUGAAUUACUUUAUAUAUUCUAUAGAAAAAUGUGUACCAGUACUACUAAAGUGCACCUUAAAGAGUUAUUUGCCAUGAACGUGGAAUAGACAAAUAGCUGUACACAUCAACCCAGAUAUGCAGUGAAAAAAAAGAGUUAAUGGAUGUUUUUCAAGUUAUGAUAUGGGGAGGGUUUUCUUUUCUUUCUUUAUGGGGAAAUGGCACUGUGAUACAAAACAAGUGACAUUGCUGCUGAGCAUUUGCAUAAAAUAAAACAAACCUAAAGUGGGUAAAGUUGGAUGCCCUGAAAUUAAAAAAAAUAAGCCAUUUUCAUCAUCUUAAUUACUGAAUAAAUUAUCUUCAUGUAUGAGACAGAAUUAAGCUCACAAAUCUGAAACCCAGAGACUCUGCCUACAGCGGAAGAAACAAAGCACAGGGAUACUCACGUAGGCUUCGCUGACAUAGCUAGCUGCAAAGCAGCAUACACAUCUUCCCCCUCUAAGACAGCAAUGGGAAACAUCUGGUCUGCAGGCCAUGUCCAAACCCCCAUCCCCCAGCAUCAGAACCAACAACUCAAGAUGUUACCUGUAGUGUUUUGAAGCAGUGUUUCCAUUGAGCUGAACAGUCUGAGAGGAGAAGCUUAAACCUCACUUUCUUCAUAAUUCCCCCUCCCUCAGGUGCUUAACUUAUUGGGUAGAAUUAAGGAACAAGGAAAAGAGAUCCGUUUUCUUCUCAUUCCUAUUUUUUGUUUGUGACAGAGAGAAAGAGGAUGGGAAUCUUAUUAAAUGAAACAUGCAUCUCCACAGGUUGCCAUUGGGACAAUGUAGAUCUUGGGCUUAUUUGUUUUAAUUGCUAUAGCACUGCUGUUUCACCGCUGUAACGAACUGUUUGUUGUUAUUCUGCGUAUACACAGAACCACAAUAUAGCAUAACUCAACAAGUGCAUAGACUUCAAUUCUCAGGAUUCUCAGAAAAGGUCUCACUAGCUGGGGAAUUCUUGAAACUGUAGACUUAUCAAGGGUAGAUCAAGGCCAAUGAUGCUCUGAAAAGUUGUAACAUGAAAUAUUUGAAAUACAAACACCACACUGUUAAAAAAAAGCUUAACUGGUCUUUUAAUGCACUGCUACUUUAGUGUCACAGUUUGACAACUGAGCCACAGCCACAUACUGCUUUUGGCUGGUAACUAAAGAACUUUAUUUAAUCAAUUUCAGGAAUGUCCAUUGUCUUGAUUAUACAUACAAGACUCCCUACCCCAAAGCUAUGAACACAAUUCAUAAAGAAUCUUAGGUCAUACACAUGUUGAAACUUUAAAUGCUUGUGCCUUAAGAAAGGAUUAGUUUAAGAUCUCAAGCCUGUUUUCAAUAGAUCUAAAAUCCAUCAAAAACAUAUCUCAAUUAAAAAAAAAGAAAGAAUUAAUCUGGUUCCAAUCCAUAUUCUACUAACAUUCCAGUCAUUCUAAAAUUAAAAUCUAACCAUAAGUUAUUCUAGACGGUGAUAUCUAAUACAGUGAAACUUAUUUACUUUCCAUUUUGGUAACAGAUUCAGUUACUGUGUUUACCUAGGUGACAGGAGAAAAACUAGAAAGCAAAAGGUGACACUCUAUCCAGCUCUUAGCCAAGGUCCAAGACUUUCUAGUAACUUGAGUAUCUGGAUAACCAAAUGGCAGCAAGCAGAGAGAACACUUGCACACUCCUUCCACCUAAAUUCAAGUCUUUAAGGAUAGGUAGUUUCUCAAAUGUAGUGGGGCUAAGUGCUAGCUGUCAAAGAGGCUUCAGGGUUAAAUCCUAUACCAAUCUUUUGGGAAACACUGUGACAUUUAACAGGUACAGCAGCAGUGUGUUGAACCCAAAACACAUUUCCAGUUGUCUACAACAUAUAAAUUCUUCUUCCAAUAAGUUUGGCUUGGGCUACAAGUUUAGUAGUUUAUGUUUGACCUAUGAAGAACUAUCAGCAAGAGUGCUAAUAUGACUCAGAAGACAUCAGCUAAAGUCU